AUAUAUAUAUAUAUAUUUAUUUAUUUAUAUCUUCAGUACUACUGUGAAUUCCUUUUUUUUCAAUGUCAUCGAAAUCCCUGAAAUUGAAAGAUUAUUUAUAUGUUAUUAUCUUUAUUUGUUUUUUCUUCUCUAACGUAUCAUACGAUUUUACGGUGUUACGAUAAUUCUUCUGAGAAUUUGUCAAAGUUAAGAUUUCAUUAUUUUUAAUUUUUAAUAUACAAAAGAUUGUAUUAUCUUCUUUACAUAACUAACAUCAUAAUAUUAAUUUUUCGUUGUUUGUUUUAUUAUCCUAUAAAAGGAAAUAAUUGUCAUUAUAACGACGUCUCUAUCUUUGUAAUUCGUUAUAAAUGAAAGAUUUGGAAAAAAUCGUUCCAUUUAUUAAUUUGAAAUCCGAAUGGCCAGUUCGAUCUUUGAACGUUCUACUUGGCUCCAGCUUGAAACUCAAACUUCUAGCAAACAGUCUAUUUAAAGCGACGUAUCGAUCACGCAUCCCGUGUUCCUUGGAUUUAGACGUAGCACAAUAAUUUUCAUGGAAUAAUACAAAAACUACCAACGCAGAAAAAUAAUUUUUUGAAAGAAAAACAAACCUUUCCCUCAUCCCUCUCACCUCCGGUAAAAAGGUAAAAUCAUACGUAAUAUUCGGAGUAACGAACUUGCAACGGACCUAUACGAUGUUUCACGAAGCCGUUCAUUCGAAUUAUUACGCUUUCGUCGUAUUUAUAUCGUUGAUAAAGCCAUGCUGUACAUUGUAACAACGUACAUAGAUUGAAGUAGAGAUACGUAAACGAAAGGAUUUAGAUCCAAUAACGCCAAGCGUAACAUUUUAGCAACCAAUACAUCCUACGGUAUAACGUCUAGUAACUUGAAGAAUGUGAAUCAGAAGUAUAGCAGUUUUCAGAGUUACGAGAGUUUGCAAGAAAAGAAUUAUUUACAAAGGAGUAUUUCUGCGGACAAUGUGAUACGAUCACGUGGUUACAAACCUUCAGACAGGCACGAUCCCGUCAAGAGAAGCUUUCUUGAGAAUCUUACUUCUAAAAUACUCCAUUUCGAUAUGGAGAGUGGCGAAAGAACUCCAAUCAAUCUUCAAAAAUUGCUUACACCGGCCUCCGAUUCGCAUGAACCACUGCAAGCAAAAAAUAAAAAAAUGUUUGCCUCUUCGUAUUUUUACGCACCCACACAUCCUACCGUGGAGGAUCAAGUCGAGUUGGCACGUCGAAUUUCUCUAUCCCUGAGUGAUGUUAAGAAUAUGAAAAGCAAAGGGCAAUCGAUGUAUGUGAACAGAAAGAAACGAUCUGUCAAAUGGAUCCAUGAUGGCAAUGGUACUGAGGGCGAAGAGGAACCAUCUUCUCCUAUGCAUAAGGAUAAAGUACCUCUGAAGUGUGUAAUGAAUCCACAUGGGAAAGUUUUGGAUAUUCAUGGGAUUCAGGCUCUAGGAGAAGAAGUCAAUAUCGAGCCUAUGCCCUCGCAUCCUGAAAAACUCUUUGAUAUUGUUCGUGAUCUUAACAAUCAAAGAGGACGUGGUGCUGAAAUAUUCGCAAAGCGUCGAAAAAGAUCUGAGAAAUGGAUCGUCGAUCAGGAUCAAGCUCAAUUACCGAGUACACCUGGUAUACAAAAGACACCUGGUUAUUCCUAUCAAUCAGAAAUGAAUGGUAACAGCAAGUUUUCGACGUUACAAUCGCCUUUUGCACAAACGGACAAAUCAUUUUAUAAUCCAUUUGCAGUGGAUCUUUCUUUAGAUAACAUCAAUCCACCAAUGACGAGCAGGUAUCAUCAUCACCAUCGUCAUCAUCAUCGAUCCUGUCAAUUAACUAACGAUUGCAACCAUUCAACGCAAAUAAAAAAGAUUUAUUUGAGAGAAGUGGCCGUCGGCACCGACACCGACUUUCCAAUAGAAAAAACUGAAUUGAAUAACGACGCACGUCGUAGCAACGGCUUCAAUGGCGUCAGAUCAAGCAACGCUAACGUUGAAAGGCGCUCUAACAAAUUGCUCAGUAGCAAGACUAACGCUAACAACACGCAAAUCGCUACUAACAAAGAGACUAAGACUAACAGCAACAGAGAGAUCAAGCAACGUCUCAGCAAUAACUUUUCCCAGGAUGUACUUGUUAACGAUAGGAACAAAUUUAGAAAUAAACAACAAUCUGUUAAACGUGAGGAAGAUGUUGCAAGAUUCUCUGACAGCGACGCUAGCGAAUAUACACCGGUUCCUGUUAAACAACUGAUCCAAGAAUUUGAGAAGACUUGUAGACCGGUUUUACAAUAUAAACAAAUCAGCCCAAAAGUUAUUCCUAUCGUUCAACAAUGCCCUAUUGACACCGACAUAACACGUUUCUUUCAAACUAGAACUUCUGUUAAAUAUGAAGAGGAAGUACCAGAAGAUGACGAGGAGGAAGACGAAGAGGAAGAGGAAGAAUAUAUACGACGGUCGAAUCGCGAGAUUCGACAGGAAAAGCAAAUUAAUAAACCACAGCCUAGAAUCGAGAAUGGAUAUAUGUCGACCGAUGAAACUGAGUACACGUCCGACUCGGAUUCUCUACGAACUUAUGAUUUCAAAGAUUACAAGGAUUACAAGAACGAGACAUCGAUGUAUCGUUAUGAAAAAACUUCGAAUCGGAAUGUCAACGGAGAUGGAGACUAUCCAGGUUUACUCAACGAUGAAUAUUCCCAACGACGAAGAUCAGCGACUUCUCAAGAAUUAGAAUCAUAUUGUAAUGGAAACGUUAAAUUCGUUAACGAGGAUUCCGAGUUACCAGCACAAGCGAAAUCCUUAUUACUUUCGAUGGUUGCCUCACAGGAUGAUAUACUACAAACUAUAAAACACCUUCGCAAUACACCAGUCCUGGAUAAUCUUUUACCUGGUGUCUCGCCAGAACUCAAAUUUACUGAUUCUUAUCCGGAAGUAGGCACCAAAUUAUACGAGGAUAAUACAUACAAAGGACCAAAACUGGCCAGUAUUCAUAAUUUAACUAAUUAUAAUACUGCACCACGUGGUUGGGAUCAGUCAUUAACUUAUUAUCGACCAAUCAAAUUUGAAAAAUCACAGGACACGAUCGUGUAUUCCGAUUUUUAG